AUGGAAAGUACAGAUUCCUAAGAAGAAUAUGCAUAAAUUAAAAUCAUAAAUCAGCCUAAUUAUUAUUAAAAAAGAAAUUAAUAAUUAUAGCAAGAACCAAAAUAAAUUUAUAUUUUAUUUAGAAUUAAAAGGAGUAAGCUAGCUACUCAAGGUUAUUUAAAAUAACUAAAGUGA